GGCGCUCAGCCCGCGCGUGUGGUCUACAAGGAGUGGCCAGUUUUCAGUCCGGAGCACAUGUGCCGGGCGAUCUUUGAGGCUGGCCGGCACCACCCUGUGCAGCAGUUCGAAGAGGAACAGCGAGGCCGCGCUUGCGGCUUCACCUUGCACGGAGAUGAGGGCGAAGGGAAGCGGAAGAAGCCGAUCAUGAUCAUGAUGCUGAACGUGAUCAGCAAGCCUGAUCCUCAGCUUGGCGGUUGGAGCGUGCGCUACCUGGCGGGGAAGGGCGACCAAAAGUACAAGGUGGAGUGGCUUCUUGAGAAGUGCUUUGCUGGGCGGCGCGACCGACCUUGGUUGGACUUCUUUGGGUUGCCCUUCAACCAGCCCGAG